AUGAAUGAGAAGAACCAGACGUGGGUCAGUGAGAUUGUUCUCUUGGGAUUUCAGAAUCUCCACAACUUCAAGGUUCCCCUGUUCUCUCUGUUCCUUCUGAUUUAUAUUCUGACAGUUUGGGAGAACGUCCUCAUCAUUGUGUUGGUGGCCUUCAGCCGGAACCUCCACUCCCCCAUGUACUUCUUUCUCCAGCAGUUGGCUUUGUGUGACCUUCUAAACUCCACAGUUAUUGUUCCGACUCUGCUCCAAACUGUGAUUAAUGGAGGAACCACCGUAUCAUUUAUUGGCUGUAUCACUCAGUUUUCUUUUUUUUCUGUCCCAGAAGCCUUUGAGUGUUUGCUCCUGGCAGUAAUGGCCUAUGACAGAUAUGUGGCCAUCUGCAUCCCCCUGAGAUACACGUCUAUGAUGGCCAAAAGAACAUGUGUUGAAUUCAUUGUUAUGGCAUGGACCUCUGGCAUCACUUGUGCGCUGCUUCUUUCAUCUAUCAUUUCUACUCUACAGUUCUGUAACCGAAAUACCAUUAACCAUUUCUUCUGUGAUUUCUUCCCUGUUGUAGAACUUUCCUGCUCAAGUACAUUUCUAGCACAAACAGGUGCAGCCCUACUGUCUGUCCCUAUGAUUAUCUUCCCCUUUAUACUGAUCAUUGUAUCAUAUAUGUGUAUUGCCCAUGCAAUCCUAAAGAUAGUGUCCCAUACCGGGAGGCAAAAAGCCUUCUCCACCUGCAGCUCCCACUUGGCCGUGGUCUCCAUAUUUUAUGGGACUAUAAUAGCUCUUUACAUGGUUCCCCCCAGGAAAGAAUCCCAGAACAUUUGCAAAGCUCUCUCUCUUUUGUACACAGUAGUGAUUCCCUCAGUUAACCCAGUUAUUUACAGCCUGAGAAGUACAGAUAUAAAAGAAGCCCUCAUUAGAAGGCCAACAAUACGCCUCUUGGCAUCUGCCAGACCCAGAAUUAUCCAUAAAACUGUUUAA